AUGCCCUAUCGUCUUGAACUGAGUCCCAACAACCGCGCCGGUUGCAAGGCCACGGAUUGUAAGGAAAAGGGCAUCAAGAUUAUGAAGGGCGAGCUUCGCCAGGCCACUCAGAUCACCAUUCAUGAACAUCAGAGUUGGGUCUACCGCCACUGGUAUGUCUGUCAAUUGCCCUCCACUGACUUGAUCGCUUACUCUUCUCAGNNGGGAUGUGUCACUCCAAAGCAACUCGAAAACAUGAAGGCCGAGUGCGGCAUGGACAUGGAAUACGUCGAUGGCUAUGAUGAGCUUCCUCAUGACUUCCAGGAAAAGGUCUACCGCGCUCUUGACCAAGGUCACGUCGACAUGGAAGACUGGAAGGGCGAUCCCGCGUACAAUGUUCCUGGAAAAUCCGGCACUGGUCCAAGAAAGACCAAGAAGCAAAAGGCAGCAGAGGCCGCCGCCGCCGCUGAAGCUGAUGAUGAAAAUUCCCCUAGUUCUUCCGCCCCUGAACCUGCUCCCAAGAAGCGUGGUCGCAAGAAGGCCGAUGCCGACGACGAAGAAGCUGAGGCUCCCCCACCUAAGAAGGCCAGAGGAAAGAAGGCAACCAAGGCUGAGGUCGCCGACGCCAAUGUCGACACCGAAGAGGCCGACGUCAAGCCUGUUCCUCAGAAGAAGGCCGCUAAGAGCAAGAAAGCCAUCAAGGCAGAGGAGACUUCCGACGUCGACGACACUAUGAAGCCCAGAAGAGAGACUACAAGGGGCAGAAAGGUCAAGACCGAGGUCAAGGCCGAGCAGUCAUCCGAUGCCGACGAGCCUGAAGCUCCAGCUGCUGCUCCUGCUCCGAAGAAAGCUGCCAAGGGCAAGAAGGCAGUCAAGUCUGAGGAGGCUGACAUUCCUCCUGAGCCUACCAGAAAGUCUUCCAGAGCAAAGAAGCCUGUCCCAGCCGCCGAUCCUGAGACUUCUCCUGACACCGAACCAGCUCCUCAGAAGAAGAAGGCCGCCGCCAAGCCUCGCAAGACAGCCAAGUCUAAGGAGAUUGUCAAGUCUGAGGACGAUGCCGACGAUGCUGAGCCUGCUGAACUCGCUCCUGAGCCCGUCGAGGAAGCUGCUGAAGAGCCUGAAGCAGCUGUGGAGGAGGAUGAAAAGCCUGCUCCCAAGAAGAAGCGUGCCUCCAAGAAGAAGGCAUAA